ACCUGGACCUGCGCGUGCCCGGCUCUGAACGCGCGCGCCCGCUCAGUCUAGCUGACCCGCGAGCAGCCUGAUUAGCUGCUCAGGUAAGCACGUAGUUUAGAGAACAGGGUUUCCCGGAGUCCGGCCCGGUCCGGUUCGGUCCGGUCCGGUCCGGUCCGGCAGGAAGGACAAAUUGGUUUGGUUUAUUGGACUCUUGUGUAGAGCAGUGGCUUGUUAGGAGUUUAACAGAGUGCGGAAACCAGUGGGACGACGCCGGAGGACCGGAGCGUGUCAGUGUGUGUCUAACCCUGAAUGCUGAAUUCAUCCUCUCGGCACCACUCAGCCCAACCAAGAGGGGUGACAGAGAUAAAAAGAGGGACAUAGGGGAGGUGUCCAGCUGGGAGGAGCAGAGUGAAUACCUCAGAAAUGUGAAACUGGGAGUUGCAGCAGAGCUGCCAUUCAACUCCCAACAACACCCACCAACUCCCAUUCCACAGGCAGUCUGGAGGUCAUGUAUCUAAAGUCUUAUUCGAAGCUCAAUGACCUCCGUCUGGCAACAGCUCCUGUUCCUCCUCCCUCCCAGAGAGGCAGCCUCUAUGUGGGCCAGCAGGGGGCGCUGCUCCGGGCCGAGUGGGGAAGGAGCGGUAACCAUGGCAAUAUAACUGUGGGACGUUUCCCCUUUAGCGUGAUCUCAACCAACAGCCUUCGACUUAACAAUGGGUCCUCCUCCUCCUCCUCCUCCUCCUCCUCCUCCUCCUCCUGCUCGUCGCCCUGCUGGGAGAAGCGGGGGGCUGACAUUGAUGCCCCGCUGGACAUCUGGAGCGUCAUCAAACCAGGGAACGUGCAGCAGAAGAUCGCCAUUUUCACCCCGGCCCCGCUCCCACAGGGCCCGGGCACACCUGCUGCGCCCCCCCCGCGCCCAACAGCCCUGAAGGUGCGGGGGAGCUGGGAUGGAGGGAGCUCCACACCCAAGCGACGGAGGAGGUCUGGGAGCAACUCUCGACCCCAACAGAGCCCGGUACACACAGUCCUGCCCCGUCCCACCUCCUUGGCCUGUGACCCGUCACCCAACAGUGGGGUGAGUAUGGUUUCUGGGGGAGUGGAUGGAGUGCGUGUUGGGGAGAUGGUGGCGUUUCUGGAGCGGAGGGUCAGUGGACCACUCCUGACCCCCGUCCCCAUCAGCAAAGGGUCGUGCUACCUCCCCGGGGAGGAGGAGGAAGAGGAGGAGGAGGAGGAGCGGGAGACAGUGCGGGUGUCUGACAUGGUAGCCCGGCUGGAGUCCCAGUGCCUGAAGGGACGCACACUGGGAGGAGGAGGUGAUGUGUCUCCAAACAAUAGCCUGAGGAGGAUGGUGGGUCGCGUACUGCUGGCUGGACCAAAACCAGAAUACGUCUUGCCGAAGCCUUCAUCACUACCAUCAUCAUCGUCACUGAAAUUCUCUGCCGACACUCCCAAGAAUGAGAGCUUCUCCCCCUCCCAGGCCUCUCCCGCUCCGCUCCUCACUCCAGAGGACGCAGAGAGGACCAGUGGGGAAACCUCAACAUGCUGCCUAAAUGAGGAGCAGAUGGAGAGCAGUGUGAGUGUGGAGGGGGGAGGAAGAGGAGGACAACUCUUCCAAUCAACUGAACCCAGGACCUCCCCACAGUCUGGGGAGGAGGAACCGCUACCAGGUCAGCUGUUUUUCCACCUGGCCUCAGAACCGCACACACUCCCUCACACACACAUACCUGCUGACUCAGAGCCAUGCCCCUUCCAGAUGUGUGUGACCUCUGACCUGGAAGCAAUCAGCCCCCCCCCUUCCCCCUCCCCAGAGAACCCUGUAAAGAGAAGGGAGAAGAGCGGGGGGGUGCAGCAGGGUGUGAUCCCUGAGUCUCCUGUAGUGCCUUUGGGUGCACGUCCUGUGGCGUCCCCGGAGUUUUUGGAGUUGCGUCUGAAGUUACAGCUCCUCCUUGAGCCUCAGCCAUACCUGCUGCUCCUCCCACAUCACCUCCUGCUUCGCAUCUUCUCCCUGCUCCCCACACGGAGCCUAGCCGCUCUCAAAUGCAGCUGUCACUACUUCCAGUUCAUCAUGGAGACGUAUGGCGUGCGGCCCGCAGACUCGCGCUGGGUCUGUGACCCGCGUUACCGCGACGACCCCUGCAAGCAGUGCAAGAAACGCUAUGGACGGGGUGAUGUGUCUCUGUGCCGCUGGCACCACAAACCCUACUGCCAGGCGCUGCCCUACGGCCCCGGGUACUGGAUGUGUUGCCACGGCACCCACAAAGACACGCCUGGCUGCAAUGUGGGUCUUCAUGACAACCGCUGGGUCCCCGCCUUCCACAGUAUCCAUAUGCCCAUCUAUAAGAAACACAAAGACCCGGAGGACAUGUAGACACCCGUCUGUUCGCCCGUCUCCGUCUGUGGUCGCCAUAGUGACGUGUACAUGUUGGGACGUCGUCGGGUUACUGGUGGGAAUGGGACCGUCGAUACUUCUGACAUACACACUGCUGAGGAGGCUGCUUCUUUCCAGCUUGUCACAAUAUGCACACAAAGCUUGCACACGAGUGGUGUGAGAGAGGUGGCCUGGUUCUGUAGAGGAGGAAGCUCUCAGGCAGGAGUUCCCUUCCUCUGUUCAGCAUGCGCACACAGACACACACACACACAGACACACACACACACACACACACACACACACACACACACACACACACACCAGCGGUGCUGGGCAUCCUCUGGUAGGACUAGUAGGAGCAGUGCAUUCUGGGAUGCAGCAGUGCAGAUGGUUGGUUUCACAUGCGUGGGUUGAGUGAAAUCGCAUCUUCCCUGCUGGAAGUUGGUAUGCCUUAUGUCAGGAUCCCAGCUGAACUUCCCAGUUUGCCUGGUUUGUACAUGGUCUGGUCUGGAGGGUCACUCCGUUCACUGUCGCCUACUGGAGAACAGAACUGAUCAGCUUUAGUUAACUUCUACCUCCUGAAUAGUGCGUGGUUCACAACAUGCUAAUGCCACUCCUUCCUGCUAGAACCAUGCUGAAGUGGGUUUCCUGUAAUCUUCCAGGUUGAAGUGGGUUUCCUGUAAUCUUCCAGGUUGAAGUGGGUUUCCUGUAAUCUUCCAGGUUGAAGUGGGUUUCCUGUAAUCUUCCAGGUUGAAGUGUGUUUCCUGUAAUCUUCCAGGUUGAAGUGUGUUUCCUGUAAUCUUCCAGGUUGAAGUGUGUUUCCUGUAAUCUUCCAGGUUGAAGUGGGUUUCCUGUGAUCUUCCGGGUUGAGGUGGGUUUCCGGUAAUAUUCCAGGUUGAAGUGGGUUUCCGGUAAUAUUCCGGGUUGAAGUGUGUUUCCUGUAAUCUUCCAGGUUGAAGUGGGUUUCCGGUAAUAUUCCAGGUUGAAGUGGGUUUCCGGUAAUAUUCCGGUUUGAGGUGGGUUUACGGUAAUAUUCCAGGUUGAAGUGGGUUUCCGGUAAUAUUCCGGUUUGAGGUGGGUUUACGGUAAUAUUCCGGGUUGAAGUGGGUUUCCGGUAAUAUUCCGGGUUGAAGUGGGUUUCCGGUAAUAUUCCGGGUUGAAGUGGGUUUCCGGUAAUAUUCCAGGUUGAAGUGGGUUUCCGGUAAUAUUCCAGGUUGAAGUGGGUUUCCGGUAAUAUUCCGGGUUGAAGUGGGUUUCCGGUAAUAUUCCGGGUUGAAGUGGGUUUCCGGUAAUACUCUGGUUUGAAACUGUUUAGUCCAGUUCACUACGGACCAGUCGGCAGGCGAACCUCUGGACUCACUCUGUCAGUUUUGGGGACACCUGGUGGUGAGUGGAUGAACUGCUGAUGUUGAUGUGCUCCAUGUGGAAACGAGUAUCUUCAUAUAUCUGCGCCUUGUUUGUGUUUACAUUUGUACAUAAAGCAGAUUCAUAUAAGCAUUAAAAACAAGGGUGAGGAAACCUGAUUAUACAGUUGGUAAAUGACUUGAAUCCCCUCAGAUGUUAAGAGGCGUAAACAUCACAGCUGAUGGUCUGUUUUGUUGUUUUGUUGUUUUGUUUUAUUCUGGGUUGUUGUUUACUUCUUAAGAGUGACUUUGGGACCAGCCAGUGACUUUUCUUCUUUUCUUUUUAAGCUAUUGAUGGACAAGAGUGGUUUCUCAAAAUGCUGUUGUUGUUUUUUUUUUGGGUGGGGGGAGGCUUUUCUAUAAGGUGAUGCAAUAUUACUGGGCUGCAGAGAUUUAAAAAAGAGUUACACAGGAUUUCAGACCAGUGGAGGGCUGCUUUUUCUGUUUUACUAUCCUAGCUGUUGUUUUUCCUUCUG